GUGUCAGUUAGCUCGAACUGCUCAGCUCUUUACAUCAUCACUCGCCUGUCAAACCUUCCGAAGAACCAUGGCUGACUUAGCUGAACUCUGGGAAAAAGUAAGCAGCAAUAAGGACAGCAAGUCCUUGCUGAAAAAGCAUUUGACCAAGGAAGUUUAUGAAAAACUGAAGGAUAAAAAGACCAAAUUCGGUGGCACCCUCGCAGACUGUAUCCGUUCUGGGGCGAAGAAUCUGGACAGUGGCGUCGGCGUAUAUGCUUCCGACCCAGAGGCCUACACAGUAUUCCAAGAUCUUCUUGGUCCAGUUAUUUUGGACUACCAUAAGAUUACGGAACUGAAACACCCAGCAUGCGACUUCGGUGACCUUUCCAACCUGGGCUUUGGCGACCUUGACCCUAGCGGCGAUUUGAUCGUCUCCACCCGUGUGCGAGUGGGAAGGAGCCACGCCAGCUUUGGCUUCCCUCCAACCCUUAACAAAGAGCAACGGGUAGAGAUGCAGAGAGUAACCCAGGGUGCUCUGGAGGGUUUGACGGGUGAACUCAAAGGGAAAUAUUAUCCCUUGGAGGGUAUGACCCCAGAUGUACAGAAGCAGCUUACAGAAGACCAUUUCUUGUUCAACGAUAGCGACAGAUUCUUGAAGGCAGCCAGUGGUUACGAUGACUGGCCUACCGGAAGAGGAAUCUUCUUCAACGACAACAAGACUUUCUUGGUCUGGGUGAAUGAAGAAGAUCACAUCCGUAUCAUCUCUAUGCAGAAGGGUGGUGACUUGGCUGCCGUCUACAAGAGGCUUGUGGGAGGUAUCAAAGAACUCGAGAAAAAGUUGGAGUUUGCUCGUCUUCCCAAUCUGGGUUACCUGACCUUCUGUCCAAGUAAUUUGGGAACCACCCUCCGUGCCAGUGUGCACAUCAAAAUACCAAAAGUGGCCAAGAAACCAGAAUUCAAAGAAAUCUGCGAUAAACUGAACCUGCAGGCAAGAGGUAUCCACGGCGAGCACACCGAGAGUGUUGGAGGCGUGUACGAUAUCUCAAACAAACGCCGUAUGGGUUUGUCCGAAAUCGAAGCCAUCCAGGAGAUGAGGAAAGGCGUAGAAGAAAUCAUCAAGCUGGAGAAAGCAGCAUAAACGCCAAGCAUUUUAGUAUACCAAUCCAGCAGUCUUUCUUAUUUAUCCUGCAGAACCUGGUGUAAAUAUAUGUCCUAUAAAGAUUUUGUGAGUGUCCCAUUUUUAACUGAUUUUUCUCGGCGUGCGACUGGCUUCAUGCACUUGAUAGAGUGAAAUAGUUUUAGUUCCAGAACAUCUAUAACACCCCAGACAUGCCGAAGGGCGCAGUAUUAAAAUCAUGGCGUGAACUUAAGAUUUAUUUUUUGGCUUCGUUUGUUAAAACAAAUGUAUCCCUAGUGUCACAGCUUUUUAAAUGAGGUUAAUAACUAGAUAUUGAGUGAGGUGAUUUUUGAGGACAUCUCCGGGAUGUGUGCACUGUUACUGUGUGAAGAUGGAGGUUUAGGUUCGUUGUGCCCUCUUUACAUCAUACCUUGUCAUUCCAGGGUUUAGCUGACCUUCCGUUCAGAUCCUGAGCAGCUCAAAUAUGUCUUUUUAGUUAUUCGUGAAGCAGUCUUUUGCUGGAGAAGUAUUCAGAACUUUAUUUGUUACCCUGGUGUUGUUUGUUACGGUUUUCAGGUAAUAAAUCCAAUCGAAAAAAAAGACAAAAGAAGAAAAA